GUUUGUUUACUGCCUGAGCGUGGAGGGGGCGCUAGUGGCACAGAUGAUUUUUCAUAUUGUAAACACAGUGAAUCUCUUCACCCUCCGUACUUGCACAAUGCAGUGGCACUGCGAAAACGGACACUGACAACCGUCCACACGGGGAGAGGAUUGACAAAACACCUCAUGCGGUUCAAAUUUUGACACCGUUGGACGUUGGAGCCCAAUUUGAAAACAUGGAGCUGCUGCACCAACGUCCUAACCAGCAUUGCUAAUGUUAGCUCAGCUAGCCAGCAGCCUGCCAGACUUCGGCGUUUCACGUAGAAGAAUUGAGUAUCAAUUUUUGCUUUGAAACUUGUGUUAUUGUGUGCAUUGCCAACAGCGUCAACUCUGCUGCGUAUGCGUACACGACAAAGAAUAGGUCUGUAGCAAAUGUAAACGUUUCGUUGUCUCUGUAGCUCGUUAGUUAGCAGCUGCUGUUAUUGUUGGCGGAAGUGGCACCGUUAAGCUAGCCAGAGUGCUAUCUGAGUAUCUGUUGCUGAAUGGGGUGGAGUUUUUGUUAGUGUUGCUCGUAGGUAUCAGUUUCCAGUUGAGGAAGACGGUGUCAGACAAGAUGGUGUUGAGGAGCUGCUGGAAAUCUCGACAUAAAAACUGCUCUGGACCUGCUCCUCGCUUGAUCCGAGCUGGACUGGCAGUUCUGUUCUGGUUAUGUGUGACCCAGUUAGCCUGCGGCAGUGGGGCGGUGGGGGAGACUAAAAAUGUAGUCCCGAAAGAUGCAGAGUUUGAUGUCACCUAUAAUGACACAGUAACAAGUGAAAACCAGACCAUCUAUGCUUUCAAUCACACGGUCUCCAGGAAUAAGACGGAGGGAGUGCGUGUGACAGUGGAUGUGUCGCCACAGAAUUUGGAGACUACUAUUCUGUUUGUAGUGCGACAGAAACAAGCUGUACUUUCUUUUCAAGUCCCUCUUAUUCUCAGAGGCCUCUACCAGAGGAAGUACCCUUACAAUCAUGUGGGCCGGACACUGUGCCAACCUCCAACCCGAGCCGCCUCUGAGACUCAGUACUUUUUUGUCGAUGUGUCUACCCUGUCCGCCCAGGGUACCAACUAUCAGCUCAGAGUCAGCCGUGUUGAGAGUUUCACACUGCAGACAGACAAGAAAUUCACCUUCACCGCAUCGCCGUCCCAACCUCAGUAUUUCAAGUAUGUCUUUCCAGACGGAGUGGAUACUGUGAUCGUCAAGGUCAACUCAGACAUGAACUUCCCCUGCUCCGUUAUGUCCAUCCAGGACAUCCAGUGCCCUGUAUAUGACCUUGACAACAAUGUGGCCUUUCUUGGGAUGUACCAGACUAUGACAAAAAAAGGUGCCAUCACUGUGCAGAGAAAGGAUUUUCCUCGCAACAGUUUCUAUGUGGUGGUCGUGGUUAAAACGGAGGACGAGGCGUGUGGCGGUCCACUACAUUUCUAUCCUCUGCGACCCGAUGAACUUAUUGAUGCUGGCAACCGUACCAAGAUCCUCGAUGUGGUGGUUUCUCCUGCCAUCAACUCGGAAGUGUACGUGAUGGGCAUGCUGUUCUGUCUGGGUAUCUUCCUCUCUUUCUACCUGCUCACCUUGCUGGUUGCCUGUGUAGAAAACAAGAGGAUGAACAAAAAGAGAGAGGUGUUGUUGGAGAAUCCCGCUGACAUGUCGCCUGCUGAGACAGCCUCUCUACUGGGGAAGAGCGGAGAUGGCAAGACUCCAGCCUCACCAUACGAAUAUGGCUCUUUUGCUGACAACGGCAGCACACUGAGUUCAGAGGCCAUCACAGAAAGCGCCACGUCGACUGACAACAACUAUGGAUACAUGGAGCGAUCAUUGGACAGUGUUGGACGGUCCAGGCACGAGUCUUUGAGCUCUGUGGAGGAGGAUGACUACGACACGUUGGAAGACAUCAAUUCAGAUAAAAACAUUGUUCGCACAAAGAAAUUUCUUUGUGUGUCUGACCUGGCCCGAAAAGACAAGAGGGUCCUCAGCAAGAAAUACCAAAUCUACUUCUGGAACAUUGCUACUAUUGCUGUUUUCUAUGCCCUGCCAGUCAUCCAGCUGGUCAUCACCUAUCAGACGGUUGUCAAUGUUACAGGAAAUCAGGACAUCUGCUACUACAACUUCUUGUGUGCCCACCCGUUCGGUGCUCUAAGUGCAUUCAACAACAUCCUCAGUAACCUUGGUUACGUGAUGCUGGGACUCCUCUUCCUCCUUAUCGUCCUUAAGAGAGACAUCGUCCACAACCGAGCUCUGGUCCGCAACGACCUCAACGCGUUGGAGUGCGGUAUCCCAAAGCACUUUGGUCUGUUUUAUGCCAUGGGAACGGCUCUGAUGAUGGAGGGCUUGCUCAGUGCCUGUUACCACGUCUGUCCCAAUUACACUAAUUUCCAAUUUGACACCUCCUUCAUGUACAUGAUUGCCGGUCUGUGCAUGUUGAAGCUGUAUCAGAAGAGACACCCAGACAUCAACGCGAGUGCUUACACUGCCUACGCCUGCCUGGCCGCCGUCAUCUUCUUUUCCGUGCUGGGAGUGGUAUUCGGGAAAGGAAACUUGGUCUUCUGGAUCGUUUUCUCGGUGAUCCACAUCCUGGCCACGCUCCUCCUCAGCACACAGCUGUACUACAUGGGUCGAUGGAGGCUCAACGCUGGGAUCCUGCGCAGGAUGAUCCACAUCAUCUACACAGACUGCAUCCGGCAGUGCAGUGGGCCCAUGUAUAUUGAUCGUAUGGUUCUGCUUGUGAUGGGGAACAUCGUCAACUGGUCUCUGGCUGCCUAUGGCCUCAUAGAGAGACCGAACGACUUUGCCUCCUACCUGUUGGCCAUCGCCAUCUGCAACCUGCUGCUCUACUUUGCCUUUUACAUCAUCAUGAAGCUGCGGAGUGGCGAGAGGAUCAAGUGUCUGCCGUUGGUGUGUAUUCUCUUCACGGCUGUAGUGUGGGGCUUCGCUCUGUAUUUCUUCUUCCAGGGUCUCAGCACCUGGCAGAAAACUCCAGCAGAGUCUCGGGAGCACAACAGGGACUGUAUCCUCUUGUUCUUCUUUGACGACCAUGACAUCUGGCACUUCCUCUCCUCCAUCGCCAUGUUUGGAUCCUUCCUGGUCCUCCUGACCAUGGACGACGACCUCGACACCGUCCAGAGAGACAAGAUCUACGUCUUCUAGAUCCGUCAGAUCUCCUGCGAGGAGCUCAGCUCUUCCUCUGCGCCUUAUCAUCCUUCUCUUCGUCCGCGUCUCCUCCAUGUUUUCAGAAAGCACAGCCAGUAGCCUGGUGCUGGGCUGUCGAUGAGCGCAUGUCUGACUCUCACAGCUGCUCCUCUCUCCACCUGUACGGACACUUAUGUGCCAACCCAGAGCUGGAUCAGUGACGCUGAAGUGUUUUGUCCUUUCGCUGCCAUCAUCGAUGUAGCCGUUGUAAUCGAUGUUUACUCACUGCUGACGAUGAAGACAACAAUGUGCACACUUGCUAAACGAAAACUGUCCAAACUAACUUAUUUUAUAUUGUCCACAUUUCAUUUGACCCAGGAGUCAACAAUGUAUUUUGAAAUUCUCGUUUGUACGCCGUUUAUAUGCUGUGUGAGUGCGUGUGUGUGUCUGUUUACAAAUAUAACUGUAAGAACAUGAAUCCUGUCCAGUCUGUCAGUGGCCUUCAACGUCCUAAUCUUGUUAUUUACAUACUGUGCUCUGAUUGGUCAGAUACUUGACCUAGCUGUCCUUCUCAUUGGAGAAUAUUGAUGAUUGUAUUUACUUCUUGACUGCCCUCAAGUGUGACUGCGAAGGUAUUUUUUGCACAGUACUGUAUGAAAAAAGUUUUUGAUGUCAAAAAUUGCAACGAGCAGUUACUGAAUAAAGGUCUUUUCAGAAA